UCGGAAGGGACGAGGGAAAGGUGGGAAGGAUUGUGUCUCGAUCUUUCCUGGUACUCUGUGCACCCUGAAUCUCAAGGGGAGCCCCGCUUGGUGGAUGCCUCAGGAGUCAGACCUAGGGGUACCCACGCCAACUUCACACCUAGUCGUGGUGUCAAGAGUGCGGCCUUUCGGGGAGGGACGCGCGGUACUGGGGGUGGUUCAGAGGUGCCCGUCUGGCUGAGAACAGGGCUAGAGCUUACUCUGCUGGGCCCUCCUUCUGAUUUCAGCCAGGGGCGGGCGGGGGAGUAGCGCGAGUGCAGCAUGGAAACAGCUUAAAGGAUGAGAGGGAGGGCGGACAAGCAGCCGGGCUGUGGGUGUUUCCAGGCCCUCUCAGACGGCAGAGCCUGGAGUCAACGGUCGCAUCCCUCUCCCUUUCCACUCUGUGCCUGCUUCCUCUAAGGCUGGGUGGCGUCUCUUUCAACCAAAUACAGUAGUUAAACAGGAAGCGCUCGUGCGCUCCGCGUGCAGGUAGCGCAGGCACCAAAAGUUUCCCGAGACUGGACCGCACCCCCAGCGCCUCCCCGGACCUGGGCAAGCACUCGCCUCUGGCGCUGCUUGCCGCCACCUGUAGCCGUAUCGGCCAGCCGGGCACAACGGCGCCCCCGGACUUCCUGCAGGUGCCCUACGACCCCGCGCUGGGCUCGCCCUCCAGGCUCUUUCACCCGUGGACCGCCGACAUGCCGGCGCACUCGCCAGGCGCGUUGCCGCCCCCACACCCCAGCCUGGGGCUGACGCCGCAGAAAACGCACCUGCAGCCGUCCUUUGGGGCGGCGCACGAGCUGCCGCUCACCCCCCCAGCCGACCCCUCGUACCCUUACGAAUUCUCACCGGUCAAGAUGCUGCCCUCGAGCAUGGCGGCGCUGCCGGCCAGCUGCGCGCCUGCCUAUGUGCCCUACGCGGCUCAGGCCGCGCUGCCGCCGGGCUACUCCAAUUUGCUGCCCCCGCCGCCACCUCCGCCGCCGCCCACGUGCCGCCAGUUGUCCCCCAAUCCGGCCCCAGACGACCUCCCAUGGUGGAGUAUCCCGCAGGCUAGCACCGGUCCGGGGACCUCCGGCGUUCCGGGGGGCAGCCUAUCUGGCGCUUGUGCCGGGGGUGCUCACGCUCCCCGCUUCCCUGCCUCAGCUGCCGCUGCUGCCGCCGCCGCCGCUGCCCUACAGCGGGGCCUGGUGUUAGGCCCGUCGGACUUUGCUCAGUACCAGAGCCAGAUCGCGGCGCUGCUGCAGACCAAGGCCCCCCUGGCGGCCACGGCCAGGAGGUGCCGCCGCUGCCGCUGCCCCAACUGCCAGGCGGCGGGCGGCGCCCCGGAGGCAGAGCCCGGCAAGAAAAAGCAGCAUGUGUGCCACGUGCCGGGUUGUGGCAAGGUGUACGGCAAGACGUCGCACCUGAAGGCUCAUCUGCGCUGGCACACGGGCGAACGGCCCUUCGUGUGCAACUGGCUCUUCUGCGGUAAGAGCUUCACGCGCUCGGAUGAGCUGCAGAGGCACCUGCGGACUCACACCGGCGAGAAGCGCUUCUCCUGCCCGGAGUGCGGCAAGCGCUUCAUGCGCAGCGACCACCUCGCCAAGCAUGUCAAGACGCACCAGAAUAAGAAGCUCAAAGUUGCUGAGACGGGGGUCAAGCGGGAGGACGCGCGGGACCUGUGAGCCCACCCAGGGGAGACUCGAGGUUUCUGCAGCCUCGGACUCUCUUCCCAGCACCUCUUCGGGGAGAUUCCAGAGGCCUAUGAGCAGCUGGCCUUGGGGGAGACCCAACACUGGCAUUUGCCCCUACCUGCUGCCCGCCCCCGUCCCAAGGUGACGCCAGGCUCCCAGCUUCCUUGACAUCACCCGGGGGACAGGGACUCUGUGCCCAGGAGGAGCAAGGGAAAUAGGGUUGGGAGCUCUGCGUAACACGAAGGCGGUUUCAAGCUCUGAACCAUUCUCGCCAUCUGGGAGACCUACAGUUUUGGGGGACCACCCUGAGCUGAUCUUGUAUAUAGGAAACGCUGCUGAAUUAAAGCGGAAGGACCUUGGGAGAGUUGAAAUAGUGCUGGGUGUUUUGCUAGGACAGGGCCGGGCUUUGUACAGGUUAUUUAAUAGCUUUGUUAAAAAAUAAUUAUAAUAUUAAUAAAAAUGUUCCUUUUGUCCUUAGCUCCUUGCAGAGCUACAGCAUGACAUGUCUCUGUAAAACAAUCAGCAGUUGCAGCGAGAAAAUAAAUACGUUAACUCCGGGGUCACCUCGGGAAGACCCCGCUGAGCCGGUCUCAUUUGAUCUUUUCUUCUUGCGGGAGGCUUUACAAAGCGGUCAGGUUUCAGUGGGAAUUUGGAGGUUUCUGAGGCUGCCUGGGUCGGAGGC